AUGUCUGACAAACUCCAAAGAACAAUCGCAAGGUUUCAGCAAAGAAUCGACAACAAAGAUUUUUACGAGGCCCACCAAACCCUCAGAACUAUCACAAAUAGGUACGUGAAAACCAAACAGUAUAAGGAUGCCAUUGAUUUAUUGUACCAAGGGCUGACGAUAUUGGCAAAGAACAAUGAAUAUGCCUCUGCCGGUGAUCUUAUAUUGUACUUGGUUUCCGUGUAUGAGGAGAGUGACACUCCAUGCUCCAAGGAGUCAAAGGCGAAGAUCAUUGAAUUGGUUUCGUUACUUCCAGACACAGACCCUAGUUUGGGGGACUUGUCGAAGCGGGCUCUACAGUGGUCAAUUGACCACGACGAAAACAAGGGAAUAUUUGGUGACCCAAGCUUGCAUCAUGUGUUUGGGGUGAAGUUGCUCAAUGCUGCUGCCGCUCAGCCAUCAGAGGAGGAGAAGCAUAAGUUCUUCUCUGUGGCCGAGUUGCAUCUUAUUUUGGGAACCUACGAGUCGUUGCCAGUGUACCUUGACUUUUUAUUUAAGUGGCACGAGAGCGAAGGCGGUGAUGCUGGCUUAUUCCUUGCUAGAGCGGUUAUAAACUACGCGUACUUGAAGAACGUCCACUUCGUGCACAACGCCGUGAACCUCUUCUUGUCCAAGUACAUUGCUGAGGAGAAGGAACCCUAUGAGGUUUGCGAAGAAGAAGGCCAGAAGCUUUACUUUUUUGAAAAGUCUUCCCUCUUGAACUUUUUGCAGUUGUUGGCCAUCACUCUCGACAAGACGCAGGCUGGCGACAAGUUCAUGAAGUUAUACACUCAUUACAAGCCCUUGCUCAGCCAGCAAUGCCUCACGAACUCCAUGGAUUACAUUGGUCGUCUCUUCUUUAACUUGAACUUGGGCAACACCUCCGGCGGGGGUAACAUGUUGGCGAACAUGAUGGGCAGUCUAUUUAAGUAG